GGCACAUGAAAAGAACAAUAUCAAGCAGUCAGCCUUGUUCUGACCGACAACAAUAUUAAGAGCCGGCUUUGUCCCCAAAUAGCCAAGAGCCUUUUUUGCAGCAUUCAGUCUUCGAGCCUAAGCUGUAUCAUCCAGCAUACAAUGCGCAAAUGGACUUGACUAUGCUCGAAAGCGGCGUGGACACAUUGUUGAGAUGAGAGCACCGUUGAUGUUGUUGUCAGGACAAAGACCUUUCUCCAGCUCCUGUGCAAGCUCUUAAGGUAGGUCGCACUGCGCUCUCUGCAAGUAUACAUGUCACCUGCGCAUUUACGUCCAAGUCGAGUCACUAUCGGAGCUUCCCACCUGUUACCUGACGAUCAUGAUCACUAUCAAAUCUGCAGUCGCCCUCCUGGCAUCUUUGGCUGCUUUGAGCAUAGCCUUGCCACAGCCGGACACCAUACACAACAGUGCCACAGCUAUCGCCGAGGGAGAUAAAGGUUCAGCCUACGGCAACCACCCUCGCAAGACCGAGGCGCACCACGAGCACCAUAACCAUACCCACGAGAUCAAUGGAACAAGUCACGAACACGAGGAACGAGCAGCUGCCAAAGUACUGGGCAUCUACGAGUGCAUGAACCGGAAGUUUGUGGCACCAUGCCAAUGGACUCCGCUCAAAGACGGAGAGUGCUACAAUCGGAACUAUGGCGUAUCGGGCUCUAUGGGUCCAGACAAGGGCCUCACAUGCGCCCUCUACGAACAACCCAACUGCAACGACAAAGGCUGGAACCGAGUCGUGCCGUUCGUGUAUCCAGGUAUUGCGGAAUACGACAACAGCAAAUUACUGAGCGACGGUGGAAUGGUUCAGUAUGGACCCAUCAGCGUGAGAUGUACCUACAAUUCCAUCACGGUUCAUCCCACGGGGAACAAUGGGUAUAAUUGGCACAAUCCCAAUACUUUAUACGAACCCGGGAAAGGCACACAAUAUUGAGGCCAUCAUUGGAUGGGUGCACUGCAUGUUCGACGAGUCCUCAUCCCGUGUAUUCCAUCUUUAUGGAUGUUUGGCGUAGAUAGACUAUCUCGGU